CCGUUGCUCCCCUCUGCGGGACUUGGGUUGAUCUAUUUUUCAACGUUAUAGUUACGGCUCAUCUCUACAAGUUGGCGCAUUUGAGUGUCUCUUGCUUCCACCUGUUGCAAUCCUAGUUUGAUCGCUGCGAAAUGGUUGUUUGAUUUAUCCCCAGGAGGUACACACAGUCGUGACAUCGUGUAUAUGAUUUAAACCGUCGGCAGCUGUAAUUUGAUCACUGCCGAAUGAUGUUAUUUCAUCCCCCUUGCUUCUGCCAGGAUAACUUUUUCUGGGGACCUUUCUCCACCAAAACUUUUCAGAGCCAUCACAUCCCAUCCUAAAGAAGAAGAACGAAUGCGGUGCACAGGAUGAUGAUCACCCGACUCUUUCGAGCCAGCGCCCCCUUCAAGACACUAACAGUUGCACUAGCCGCCUCUCGGCGACCACUUCCUUUUCUAGCAUUUUCCAGAACCUUCUCCAGCAAUGAGAAGGGUGGGAAUGGCGGGAAGUCUGGCGGGUCCUCCAACGGCCACGGUGACUUCCCUAAGAGCUGGAGUUUCUCGGCCGAGGACGGUGACGGGGACGAAAAGUUGGACAUCUUCAGAGAGAUUAAGGGCAAUGGUGGGGAGGAGAAGCUGAGCGGGCUUGGUGAACAUGGAGACCGGGACCUGGAGCCUCCGCCAAGACUUCCUAGUGGGAUCCUCCCUGAGGGGGAAGCGUGGGAUGCCGCUGGGCUCAAGGAGGAAUCGGAGACAAAGGAAGGAGACAUCUUCAAGGAGGCGGCUCAAGAGAUCCGGCCAGAGAGGUCGGGCGGGGAUGAUGAGUGGGAGACAGCAGAGGGGUUCAAGCCUUGGACUUUCGGGGAUGAUGACGAGGAAGGGAGCUUGGGUAGUGAUUUCGCUGCUAUCCCAGAAGGCAUCGAAGGCAUCAGGUUGGACGAGGAGGUGGGUCUAGAAGGGGCAGGAUUGACUGAGGAGGAUAAGAGGAUUCAAAAGGAGGAAGCCGAGCUUUCUGCAACCCUUAAAGGUCCAAAUCGUGCAUUUGGGGAUCUUAUUUCUGCUUCAGGGAUAACAGAGGCUAUGUUAGAUAGUCUGAUAGCCCUGAAAGACUUUGAAGGAGUUGAAGGAUUACCUCCUCUGAGAGAAAUUGAGGAACUUCGCUUGGCAAAAAGUGAGAAGAAGUCAUCUAGGGCAGAGAUGGAGCGACAAAAGCAGGAGGAAAUUGCUAAAUCAUAUGUAAGAAAAGUUGAUGAAAAGGGAAGGGCUUAUGGAACUGGAAAAAGGAAGUGCAGUAUAGCUCGUGUUUGGAUUCAACCUGGUAAUGGGAACUUUAUUAUCAAUGACAAGCAGUUUGAUGUGUACUUCCCCAUUCUUGACUACCGUGCUGAUCUUCUUAAGCCAUUCGCGGAGACAAAAACAUUGGGUAUGUGGGAUGUGAAGUGCACCGUGAAGGGUGGUGGCACAUCUGGUCAAGCUGGAGCAAUUCGUCUUGGGAUUAGCAGGGCUUUGCAAAACUGGGAACCUGGGUUGCGACCUUGUCUUCGAUCUGCUGGACUGCUCACGAGGGAUCCACGUGUUGUGGAAAGGAAAAAGCCUGGGAAAGCUAAAGCUAGGAAGAGCUUUCAAUGGGUUAAAAGAUGAAAUGGUCCUAGAUUUUGCAUCAUUUAUUCAUCAACCUUGGUUUUAUGAAGUGCUCUGAAAAUUGCGUGCGGCCAACAGGAGCAUUUUCUUCUCGGCUUUGGGUCAUCAAUUUUGACUUGGCCAGUCGCUGUUUUGUAAAGUUCACCUGUCCACCCUCAAGGAGUAGCUUUUUUUCUUUUUGGGUGAAAAUGUAGGACGGUACAGGUGAAAAUAAAGUGUUCAUUUUGAUACUUA